AUGCAAUACCUCCUGCUUUGUGCUGCCAUCCUCCUGCCCGAGACUCUUGCUUUUCCAGCACAAUUUAAACCACAAUCAUGGAGCAACACAGACUUUGAGAACAUAAAGGCAUAUCUUGAUAAAUUCUUUCCAAUUCUUUCAAAAACAAAAAGCCUAAGCUUAGAAGACAGGAUUAAAGAAAUGCAGAGGUUUUUCCACCUGACUGUAACUGGAAAAAUAGAUGUAGAAACAGAAGAAACAAUGAAAAAGCCCAGAUGUGGACUCCCUGAUGUAGAAGAUUACACAACAUUUCCUGGAAGACCAAGAUGGAAGAAGACACAUUUAACUUACAGGAUUGUCAAUUAUACACCUGAUCUACCCCCAAAGAAAGUGGAUAAUGCAAUUAAAAGGGCUCUGAUGGUAUGGAGUGAUGUGACUCCACUGGAAUUUGAAAGAGUAUUCCAGGGACAUGCAGACAUUGUGGUUGGAUUUGCACGUCGUGAGCAUGGUGAUGGAUAUCCUUUUGAUGGAAGAGGCAACACACUAGCUCAUGCAUUUGCACCUGGAGAAGGGAUUGGCGGAGAUGCACACUUUGAUGAUGAUGAAAGGUGGUCAGAGUCCAAUCGAGAAGUCAAUUUGUUCCUUGUUGCUGCUCAUGAAUUUGGCCAUUCUUUGGGACUGGGUCAUUCAGAUAAGCGUGAAGCUCUGAUGUACCCUCUCUACUCGUUUGUGAACCCAUCAACCUUCAGACUUUCAGAGGACGAUAAGAGAGGAAUUCAGAAGUUAUACGGGAAAAGGUCACCAAACUCUUGA